UACAGUGAGCGAGAUUACGCAAUACGAGUUUCCAGGUGACCCACUAGCACUGCGAUCACGAGGGAGGAUGGUCAAUUUGAUAUUGCUGCUUUGGGCGUUGGUCGGCCUAAUUGGCGGAGUGCACGGCAAAUGCAGCUUAACGGCGAUCGCCGACAACGAGCGGUCGAUCGCCUACGCCUGCAUCCACAGCGACCUGCGCGACCUCGACGUGGUGUCCAGCGAGACCGAGUGGAUCGAGUUCUCGGUGUCGCGCUUCCACGCCAUCCCCGACGACGCGUUUCGCAACUUCCCGAAUUUACGUCGACUGUCCUUCUACAAUUGUCACAUAAAUGUGAUCGAGCCCGCGGCGUUUCGCGGCCUGCAACGGCUCGACUGGCUGAUAUUCCACGGCACGAGGAUCCACGCGGUGAGGUCCGCGUGGUUCCACUACGUGCCCAAUCUCAGACGACUGGUCUUGGACAGAUGCGGCCUGGUGCACGUCGAGCCCAACGUUUUUCGCAUGUUACCACGACUGGAGACCCUGGACUUGCGCGACAAUGACCUCGAUUGUCUGUCGGUGGAGGAGCUGUCGCAUCUGACCGCGCUCAGGACCGUGCGCAUCGACGGCAACCCGUGGUUAUGCGAGUGCCGGAUCAGAAUGGAGAGAUUCUUUCGCGAGAGAUCGAUCGUCCAGGAGGUAGAGUGCAGAUUUCGACCGAGGAUCUGCACUGUGCAGCAUCGAAUCCCGUCGCAGUGCAUGGCGCAGAUCGACAUCCCACUUCCACCUCCGACGAUAACCGUCGAACCGAUAGGGCAUCCUUAUAUCGAGGACCGUCCCGGUAACCGCUUCCAGGCGAGCGCGCUGACGUCGCUGGACCGUCUGCCGGACCGGACGACGUGGAUCCAGAUCACGGGACUGUGGAUCGACCGUUUACCCGCGUACACGUUCUUCCGCUUCGGCAACAGCCUACGCAGCCUAGAUCUGCGCGAUUGCUCGAUCGGCGUGAUCGAGCCGGGCGCGUUCGCCGGUCUGCAUCAGCUGCAACGGCUUACACUCGUCGGUAAUCGGCUGCCCGCGGUCGCCGCCCAUUGGUUUGGCGAUCUCGUCGCGCUCCGCCAAUUGGUGCUCGCGCGCAACGGCAUCGAGCGCAUCGAGCCUGACGCCUUGCGCCCUCUCGCCGGUAGCCUGAGUCAACUGGACUUGAGGUACAAUCGCCUACGUUGCCUACCGCUGAACGAGCUGACGCAUCUGCGACACCUUCAGCGGAUCGAGAUAAUCGGUAAUCCGUGGUACUGCGAGUGCCAUAGAAAUAUGCAGAGAUACCUGACGAAUCACAACGUGGGAUUCGAGAUCAGCGGUCGCUGUUACGAGGAACACGAAAAUAUUGAGGAGCUCGACAGAUGGCAGCAGCCGGGCACUGAUUUAACAACCUCGGUUGUGGGCCACGUGCAUUGGACUACUUUUGAAGAAACUCUGAGCCAGAAAAACAUCUCCGUGAUAAAACCGCCUAUCGAGAUUCCCACGGAAAGACCGCCGAUUCACAAGGGUAUCUGCAUGCGGGACAGAACCCAAAUGUCGCAGCAGGUUUACACUUGUAGCGGCAUCACCUCGCUCAGCGAGCUAAAUGCUUUAUUACCUCGUUCGAUUCACUCUCUUCGCAUCGUCCUUUCGAACCUGAAAACAAUUCCAACACGAGCGUUCGCUCACUUCGACAGCUGGCUGACUCGAUUGGAAUUACGCGACUCCAAUAUCGAGACGAUCGAACAUCGCGCUUUCAUCAAUCUAUAUAAUUUACAGCAUUUGUCGCUGCACAGUAACCAGCUGAAAACUGUGACACCUGAGGCGUUUGAAGGUCUAACGAAUCUGCAGUACCUAGACCUCUCGCGCAAUCACAUUUACCGGAUUCCCAACGAGGUGUUCAACACGCUGUCGCAUCUAUACAGCCUUGACGUAUCCGAAAACUACAUGAAUUGCCUCGGCGUAGAACAUAUGGCGCGCAUGAUGCCGCAUCUGAAUUCUCUCAAGGUAUCGGGCAACCCGUGGAGUUGUCUCUGCGGCACCAAGCUAGCCAGUUUCUUAGACUCUCGCAGAAUACCGUACAAUCGCGAUUCCCUAUUUGACAUGAGCGACAAUUGUUACGCUACCGGAUCGCCGACAUCUCCCACAACGGUGGUGAUCACCCCGUCGACUACUACGACCACCGAGCCACCCUCUAUAGGCAUCUAUAACGAAACCCUUAAGGGUUCCUGCUUCAGGGUUGCCGGAUCCACGGAACCACGGUAUCGUUGCAUAGGUGGCAAUUUACAACUGCUGAAGAACAUACCGCGUGACGCUGUUUCCAUAGAAUUUCACGAGGGUCAUUUGCCCGUUCUACCGUCCAGCUUUCUUUACGAUUUUCGAAACUUGCAGGAGCUAAUCAUAAGAAACUGCGGCCUGAGAACGAUUACGCCCGGCGCUUUCAGAGGUCUGGACUCUUUGGAACGGCUCACCAUUCAGGGUAAUCCGCUGACGUCGAUCGAGGUGGACUGGUUCAACAUAGAACGUCUCGAGCGGCUGGAUCUGCGCGGUAAUUCGAUCCGCUACAUCGCACCAGGCGCCUUUCGCCACCUGCACAGGCUGGUCUAUCUAAAUCUCGAGGGCAACGAUCUGCAGUGCAUCUUUACGAGCGAUUUUCAGAAUAUGCCGAAUCUACACAUUGUCGAAUUUGCCGGCAAUCCGCUCAAGUGGCGUUGCCGCAUGGAUCUAGAGCAGUUUCUCGAGACACAGAAGAUCAAAUUCGUUAAAGUAGAGAACACGUGCGAGGGCAAGAAAAUCAUAAGAAACCUUCUCUAUCAGAAUCGAACCGUCGAAGUGGAUUGUCCGCCGGGCUGCUCGACGGCGAACAACAUCGAGCUGGGAAAGAGUUCGACAUUGUUUAUAGCAUUUGUAUUGUUCUUCGCGAUACGGAUGCAUUAGUCGUUCGGUAAAUAAGAGUCAAAAUUGUGAGGCCAGAAAUAAGAUACUCGAAGACUCCGUCUUAUCAACAGGCGAAAUAGUUUUUCAAAUUGAUCCAUCGUUGGAUCGAGAAUUACGUUCGGAUAUUAAAUAACGACGUUUCGAUCAAAUAUAUAGAUGGGAGUGAUUUUAAUAAUCAAUAGAGUUCUGGAAGCAAAGUUACCCUUUGCAAUAAGCGAGGCUAGAUUUGAUAUUGUUAAUGUUGUCAUUCAAUGUGUUCAUACUGUGAAAGCGCUUAUAAACUAAUAAAUAGGUAUAUUUAUUUUUGCGAAUACAUAUAUAUAUUUAAAGUUAAACCUUUUGCAGUAAUAUUGUGUAUUAUCGUACAUAUAGGAUAACGCUUUUCGAUCUCUAGAUACUUCGUUAGAUUGCUUAGAUCAUUAGUACCUGUUUGUCGCACACAGCACAAUUACGGACGUUGUCAUAUCAGAUACAUCGCGAUGAGAAUACGAUCUAAAGUAUCGAUAAGAAUUUGCAAGAGACUUUAGGGCAACUUCGACCAAAUUUUAAUUAACUUAAAUAACAAUUAAUUUAACUGCUUAAAACGCAAUUUCUAACUACAUAAUUUGAUGACUUUAAUCCUUCUUUUUUCUUACACGAAAGAAAGAAAUUAACAAUUUUGUCCAUAAUGAAAUACAGAUAUUAUUAGAUAAAUUGAUCAUUGACUAAUUGGCAAAAUCGCUUAAAAGUGUAAAGUUUUUAACGACAAAAAAAAUACUUGAUUCAUAUUAAUAAAAUAUGUAUUACUUAAUAAAUUGAUAAAAUUAUUUGAAGUUUUACAGAAUUAUUUGAAGAAAUUUUUAAUUACAUAAUUCGUGUUUUUUAAUAUCUAAUCCCUUUUUUACAUGUUAAACAAUAAAAAAUAAUAAUUUUAUCCAUAUUAAUUGAUAAAUAAGUUAAUCGGAAUUUGGUUGGUGCACUCAUCAUACUGCCGACAGGGACCAUCAUUAAACGAUCAUCAUGAAUAAAUGUAAAAAAGUUACGUUAAACAUUAUGUUAUAAAUGUAUAUGUUAAUUAAUGACAGCAAACAUAUUCACGUGCCAUAAAGAUCCGUGCGACGCUAAAGUACUUUUUACCUGUGUUCAUUUAUAUUAAUAUAAAAGAAAUAAUUGUAUAUAAUAUAUAGUAAAUAUACUAUCAAGAUUGUAACAAAGCUAUUUGCUACUGAUGCAAUGAGUUUUAAUAAAGAUUUAUUUUGUGCAACAAUUA